GGUAGUUGUCACAGAUGAGAUGCUGUUCGCCGCCAUCCUCUUGGGUCUGUAUGCCAUGACGGAUGGGGCGGGGUCGGCGGCGUGGCUGGCGCAUACCCGCGGCAUCUCCGACAUGUUCCGAUUCCGCGGUCCUGGCGUCUUGACCAGUCGCAUCGGCCGCCCGCUCUUCGUCGCCUACCGAUCUUUCGUCCUGGUCGAAGCAUUUUGGUCGCGUCGGGCCUGUCCCUUCGACACCAGAGACUGGAAACACGUGAUUGUGCGAACGGCGCUCGCGAUGGAAGAGCCAGCCGUCCGGCUCUGGGAGCUGGCCUCCUGUGAGAUCUUUGCAUGCCCGGGCUAUCUGGCUCGCGCGGAAGGAGUGCUGCGCUCACGGGAUCUCCCCAUCAGAUUGGCGUUGAUGGAUGAAGCGCGCCGAAGCAAGGCCAACCUGACUAGUCUGGGCUCACAGCUGGCCUCCUUGUCUGUUCGAGGCGAGUUUGUGCAGACCAAUCUCAACAAUAUUGAGUCCGCGACCCGCUUGUUGACUGGUCUACUCCGGAUGCUGGAGCACACUGAAGGUGGUCUCGAAGAUCCAUGGGCAUUGCUGGAUUCAGCAAAGAUGAUUGCUAGCGAUACUCAGAGCGGAUUCGAUUCGGUUGCCAUGUCUAUGGGCCUGAAGGGCCUCACUAUUUAGUUCAUGGCUGGCUGGCUUUGAAUGCAGAUUUGCCGACCGUAGAUAAGAUAAGCGUAUCCGAUAAGAUUAGAUAAGACAAUGACAAUCUGGUCACGUGUGGCCCGGUCGCUGCGUCGGGUCUCUCGGC